AUGAAGAAGGAAAGAUGUGAAGGAGGCGCAGCCAUGGAGAAGAAGCCAGAAGGAGAAAAGAGGAGACUUCCCAGGUUGAAGAUCAUUGGAAGGUUCUGGAACCACACAGCAGAGGAGUCCCAGUCAGAGGAGACCAGCAGCGAAUUAACAGUCGUGAAGGCGGAGCUUGUGGAGACCAGCAGAAAGUUGCUAGACAAGGAAGAGGAGCUCUUCAGUCAAGACCUUCCCAGUGAGGAAGACGAGGACCGACUCCAGCAAGACUUGGAAGCUCUGAAGCUGAACAUCCUGAUGGUUGUCCACCACAUCUUCAACUCUUCGUCCUCUUUGGAGUCGGGUGCUCUGAGGAGCGCCGUGGCCGCCAUGCAGCUACAGGAGAUGCAGGACCGACAGUGGGCAGGUCCAUCUGAGGGGCGUGUCCCAUCGUGGCGUCCUCAGAAAUGUCUGAGCGCUCACAACGAGCUGCUCGCCAAGUUGGUGGAGUCCAGGUUGGCCGAGGCUGCCCAAGACGAGUCGAGUGGUGCUGAUGGACUCUCGUCCCCCUUGAAGAGGCAGGUGUGUCGCAUGGGCAAGCGUGUGAAGGAGGACCUGCUGAGGGUGUCCCGCGUGGUCCAGGACUGUUACGGCACAUACCUGGACGUGCUCAACGUUUACGCUGGCUUAUGUCACAGUUCUUUCUCGGCCCGAUUGACCCAAAUGAAUUCUGCUGGACUGGAAGCAGACGACUCCGCCUACCUGCUCUUCUGGGCCAAUCGCUACUAUCCACAGGAAAUACUACAGCAUGAAGACCUUCGGGGGAGCAUAAAGACUUCCUGUCUGGGGUCUCUCCUAACAGAGAAAGAGGUGCAGGAGAUGGAGGAGCAGUACAUGAAGAAGAAGGAACACCAGAUUGACUUGUGGCUGCACAACGUCCUGCACAGAGAAGAAGACAAUUGGACCAAGAACGAGACACCAGAACUUAUUGACAACUACCACUUCUCCCCACUCGCCGUCCACGUCAUUCAGGUGAUAGACGGAUCCCUGAAGGAGUGGAGCAGUCUAAUCAAUGAUGACAAGAAAUAUCAGAGGGUUACUGCUCACCUGGAGAGCUUCCUUACCAGGUACAAGAAGAGUGUGGAGAAGUUGGUGAAGAGAAAUGAUGAAAGUGUAGCAGCAUCAAUCAAAGCUCACUUGGCCUGUGAGGAGCAGCUCAGAGAUUACAUCAAAAGUCAAAGAGGAAGUGUGUCAGAGCAGCAGAGACGUCGCUGUGAGGACAUUUUGGAUGCACUGAGGGAUUGUGGGUAUUCCCGUUUGACUCGCCCCAUUCACCAACAACUAAAGGUGUUUUAUAAACAGCUGUGGACUUCUGGCUGGUUGGACCGGUCACUUCCUGUCAUGGACUCUUUCUUGGACUCUUUGUAUGAACAUUUGGCUCAUCUGGCUGACGUGAAACCUUCUUGUAGACAGCGCCUGCUGUGUGUCCUGCAUGAGGACACAGUUUUUCAGUAUGUGAAGAGGAUGAUGAAAAGCAGUUUGAAGAGCAGAGAGCAACAAGUGGGCGGAGCUCAACGUAUGACUGAAGACGCUCAAAAGCUGAAAGACUUCUUCAGUGCGGCGGGCUGCGGCGUGUUGUUGCGACUCGAAACUGUGCUCUGCGACAUGGCCGACAUCCUUCAACUACAUGACCCAGGAAGUGUUCGGCUGGAAAUGGUUGCCUUCGCUAAGAAAUUCCCCGACCUAAGUGAUGAUCUGCUGUCGGCACUGCUCGCCUUCAAAACAGGCCUCUCAGCGGCCGAUUACCGCUCCAUCAGGCGCAGUCUAGAGGAAGUCCGGCCCUUCCGUGCCUCCACCAGUCAGGGCUUGGUGUCCUUCUCCAAGCUCAAGGUCAAAUGGAUCCGUGACAGGACAGCCUACCUGGACCAGAGCCACUCUGACUGA